CCGUAGUCAUACAAAUGAUGGCGUACAAUGGCUUACAAAAUGAAAGAAAUUUAAUACUAAUAUAUUCGCUCCUAACCUCUUCGAAGCGAUUGACGACUCAUGCAUAUACAUAUUUUUUUUCUUUGCAAAGGCGGAACGCAUUCCAAUAGUUAUAUAAGAAUUCGGCUAAAAUAUUCAUCCCCGAAAUCGAACAGCUCUGAGCAAAAAAGUGAUGAAAACCUUAGAUUCGCGCAAGGCUGCUAUUAAAUACUUUACAGCGCUUCGCUUAAUGUACUCAAUUAUUUUCGUGAUACAAGAUCAUAGAACAUACAUUACGUCCAUGCGAAGUAGUUCAAAUUUAAAAUGGACACAAACUUUGGGUGCGUCGUAUUGUCUUGGCAAAGCGGUGAGCGCAGUUGGUUCUACUUGAUUUAUCGUUGGAUUUGGAUGUUGUGCUUUGCCGCCGUAUUUUUAGUUUGUUUAUCCCUGCAAUAUUCUGAUGGCAAGUAUUUCAUCUUUAUGACAAAUUGGGGUGUCAUCCUUGGUCUUUUGACACAAUUUGUCGCUGCUGUAUUGGUUACGCGUUGGCAGUUUAAUAUAAAUUCAUUGCGUUCCAACAUAUGUGAAAUGGGUACGCAAGGUUCUCCUACGACGCCUUUGGUGAAAGUGUAUUGGCUCUUACACGGCGUCACUAUGUCAGUAUCAUUGGUCAUUACAACCGUCUAUUGGUCUAUUUUGCAUGGUAAAAUGAAUAAACCGAUGCGAUUUCCUGUGUUGAGUUUUGUGACCCACUGCCUGAAUUCGGUUUUUAUGCUAGUCGAUUUCCUGAUGGUGGGAUUUCCAGUGCGUGUAUUACACACCGUCUAUGCCAUGCUGUUGCCUAUCAUUUAUUUUAGCUUUACAAUCGUUUAUUUUUUGUGCGGCGGUGUGGACGAAUAUGGAAAUCAUUAUGUCUACCCAAUAUUGGAUUGGACUUCCCCCAUGCGUGGUGUAAUCACUUUUGCGGGCGUGUUUACUUUGUAUUGCAUUUAUGCUAUUGUAUUUUAUUCCAUUUACCAAUUCAAACGUUUUCUACAUCGUUCGUUUAGCACAAUUUGGUCACCACACUGUGUCGGCUUAAUAUGAAUCAUGAGCGCUCGAAUUUCUUCGUAUCAGCUUUUAAACACAAAGUAUUUUCUAUAAUGUAGAUAUAAGAAUUGGCUUCGUUUGCCUUUGGUUUUAUAUUAUUCUAUGGUAUUCGAUACUCGCAUGGUUAUGCUAAACUGCAACACCACUAUUAUAAAGGAUGUACCAAAAUCCUCGCAAGAAGUAAUUUUGAUAGAAAACUCAGGUUUAUAUUUAAGAAUUACAUACUUUUUAUUGUUUCUUAAUAUAUGCAGUAUACAGGGAACUUUGUUCGAAAUGUCAGCACCCGCUGGAUUGUCCGUAACCAACAAAUCCUAAUUCCUAUGCCUAUUGUCAAUAGGCUUUAAUUUUUGAGUGAACUGAACUUUGUAAGCAUGAAUAUGCAAAUCUUUCGUGAGAGUAGGUGACAGCGACAUAUACAAUUCCUGAGUGCGUUGUCGACUCUCUGCAACUUCCUUUAUAUUGCUUCGACUUUUUUUUUUUUGAAGAACGGCUAGCAUGUUUAAGACCGCUUCCUUCCCACUGCUGACGAAUUUUGAGAAAUCCUGUGCUUUGCUUCCACCCCCUUUAUUAUUAUUAUUAGUAUUAUUAAUUUCGCCAGAGAAAUAAAUUGUAAGACU